UAAGGCUACGUGUGUGCAUAGUGCGCAGUUAGGGUAAAGUAACUUAGGAACAAAAUUUACUUCUUUUCAACGAUGGAAUCGACGCCUUGAAAGUAUCGCAUUGUAACCACAAUCACUGCUGACGUGUAUACAGACUCAUUCGAACUAAUUGAGCGAAACGAAAAAUCUUUUUUUGUUGCGGCCUUAACGUAACCUGCCAAUAUGUUUCACGCGGGAGCUGCUGCAUCCAUCCUGAGGGCUGCGCGACAAGCGAAAGUCAAGGCGAAGGAGACCACUACCCCGAAACGAAAGGGAAGCACUGUGGGUAGCCGCCGACCGUCAGCAGCAGGAGGGAGAAGCAAGUCCACCACCCAACGGAAGAAGAUCAAGCCAAAGAACGCCAGGAAACUACAGAAGCGAGCUUCGUCAUUGAGUAUGCUGUCUCGGGAUGAUGAUGUGGACAGCGCGCUCAGAGAAUUUUCUACCCCAUCUGCGGACAGGCUUAACGCUGACGGAGCAACGGUGUUUUCCCCUGAAGAAGCCGAGACGCUGUAUCAGAUAGCUCUCGAUCUGCAAGAGGCCAAGCGCAUGCUUACCAACCAUUCAGAAGUAUUCACAGAACGGCUUGACACAGUGAACAAGGUAUGA